UACCGAUGGCAACACCAGUUUUCCGCGGCGUCCGCCAUCAUUGAAGAAAAUCGGUGUAUUGGAAGCCGCGUCGCGUGGUAUUGGAUUUAAGAAAUCUUGUAAAUAAAUUAUUUAAACAACCAUGGGAGUUAACGUUGAAACCAUUUCUCCCGGAGACGAGUCCACCUACCCCAAAUCAGGCCAGACCGUGGUGGUUCACUACACCGGUACCCUGACCAACGGGAAGAAGUUUGACUCCUCCCGUGACCGCGGCAAGCCUUUCAAGUUCCGCAUUGGCAAGGGAGAGGUCAUCCGAGGCUGGGAUGAGGGUGUUGCUAAGAUGUCUGUGGGCGAGCGCGCCAAGCUGACGUGCUCCCCUGACUUCGCUUACGGGCAGCAGGGCCACCCCGGGGUCAUCCCCCCCAACUCCACCCUCGUGUUCGACGUCGAACUCCUGCGUCUCGAAUAAAACCUUCAAGCAACCACCUACUUAUAAUAAUUAACAUUUAGACAUUAUCUAUUUCAACUCUCAACAACUUUUUAUCUAAAAUAUGUGGAUCAAAUACCACUCUGCCAACAAAAAUAACAAACCUCCCCAAUUUAUGAAUUUACUUACUAAUAACUGUGUGCAAAGGGAGUCUUUUACAAUAUUAUCUUAAGAUACUGCACAAUUACUUGUGUCAAAUGUGUUUGAUAUUUUACGCAACCGUUUUAUGAAAUAAGUACAUCAAGAUUAUUUACAAAGAAAUUUUUCAUUCUAAUUAAUGUCAAUUACAUUUCACAAUAUACUUUAUCACAUUCAAGGGGGCUGUCUUAAUAUUUCAAAAAGCAUUGUAUGUGUAUCCAAACUAGUCUUAUUAGGUACAUUGUGAGUCUGUGGACAACCCUUAGCUCAUACGACAUUCCUUACGCAUUUUGAUUACUAGAAUCGUGCAAUAUUUGUCUAAUAGUCACAUUUUGAAAGUCUUAUCACUCUUAAUCACAUGUAUGAUGGAGAAGUGUAAGAUCUUGAUAGAAUAAGGCCAAAAUAUGAGAUGUACGCGAAGCUGUAGGCCAAAACUGUAUAUAAUUUAUGCACAAGUUGAUACUAACUUGAAUGGAUUCUCAUUUCUGGAUGUGUGGUAGGUAAAGGUGAUUUCAAUGAUAGCUUUAUCAUAUAACUAAGAUGAAUAAACUUAUUGCGGAAA